AUGUCUCUCCAACUGCCGUUCAAAACCGGACCUGCUCUGCCACACACCACCCGUGAGGACGCCAACAGUGUCAUGCUGAGCGACCUGGGCCUGGCCCGCCGUCUCCGCGAGGUGACGGGGACGCUGAACCAAACCACCACUUCCGGCCCGACCGACGACACCAUCGUUGAAGCCGAGGGAGAAAAGCUGCCCAAGGUCAUCAGCUACCGCAAAAAGCUCCCCCAGCAGCCCCUGCCCGAUCGCGAUAAUGCCAUGUACGAUGAGGAGCACUUUGCCUCGACCAAAUACCGGCUAGCGCUGAUGCGACGAAACGUCGAGUUCCACCAGACGUUCAAGCAAUUGGACUUGACCGACCGGUUGUUGGACGACUACAGUUGUGCCAUGCUGCGGGAAAUCUUGUUACAAGGGCGGCUCUACAUCCUGGGGAUGUAUGUGUGCUUCAACUCCAACUUGCUUGGGUGGGUGACCAAUCUUGUGAUCAAGAUGGACGAAAUCGUUAACAUUGAGAGGAAACUGACGGCGGGUUUGUUUCCUAAUGGCAUUGCCAUUGACACAGAGAAUAACAAGUACACGUUCGCCAGUUUCAUUCUGCGUGACGCCACUUUUGACCUCUUAGUCACUGCCUGGCACUUAGCCGGAGGUCCACCAAAACGUUUGAUUGACACUUCUAGCAGCAGUACCGAGUCGGCUGCUACUGCUAACAGCGAACCGAAACUGCCGCGAAUAGAAAACUACCUCAUGCUGUUGGACGGCGACGACAACACCACCACCAGCGACGAGCUGAUGAUGCUGGCUCCUGACACGAAAACGCGCAAGUUCAACAAGACGUGUGGCUUCAGCAAUCACGGUCCCGAUACUCACGCCCCCACUGAACCUGAAGUUAAGCCGAUUGAUAAGGAGAUCGUGUUAUUUGACGAGACGAUCGAUGCCCCGUUGGGAGUGACGUUUGCCGUGCUCUUUGAUCAAAACAACACCUUCCACCGCCAGUUUCUUGAAGACCACGACGGGCUGGAGUUUACGGAGUACUCAGCGUUUGACCCCGAAACCAACACCCGCUCGUACACUUACCAGAAAGCCCUCAAUUACAGCAUUGGUCCCAAACUGACGCGGUGCGAGGUGGUGGAAACGAUCUAUAACUUGGACUACGAUAGCUACAUCGAGGUGGAGCUGGUUACUCGCACUCCCGAUGUCCCGCUGGGGAACUCCUUUGCUGUGCACACCCGUUAUAUUUUAAGUUGGGGCGACGACAAUUCCACUGAUUUUCGACUCCUGUUCUAUAUCAAGUGGACUGGAAGCUCGUGGAUCAAAGGAAUGAUUGAAAAGCUGUCGUUAUCUGGCCAACAGGCGGCCGCCGAUGACUUAUUGAAAGCAUUGCGCAAGGAGAUUGACCAAGACACUUAUGUCACCGGUGCUGCUGAUGAUUCUGGUGCCACUAAACCGCUGGCAGAUACGGCCAAGGAGUCGGAAAAGGCCACCGCCCAACCGUCACGUCACGUCACCACCACCACUACUACCGUUCGCCACGAGCUCUCGGGACCGUUGUUGGCGGCAUUGACGCUUGUGGUGUUGAUGAUCACGGUGCUCCUUGUCAUAGAGUGGCAAAACUAUAUCAUGUUACGCGAAACGAUGAAACUAAUGCCGACGGAAAAGAUUCUCGUCAUGAGGGAAUGA